UAUUUCUCCUGUGAAAAAAAAAAAAAAAAACCUUACCCGCUCCUCUAAAACCCUUGUCUCUCCGGUGAGACUUCACUGUCGAUUUCAAUUGUUAACGAUGAAGAUUAGGUUCUGUAGCGGAUUCACAAAGCCUGGGUUUUUGCUAGUUCACUUUGAGCCACCGUCGUUUCUUGCCGUUAGAUCUCGUUCGCUCUCUGAUUCCACUUAUGGAAACUUAUGUAACCACAAGAAGAGACCUGGAAUUGGAAUUGGAGUUGGUCUAACAGUUCAAUGCGCUAUUGCGAACCGGAGAUUCUCUUCACGUUCUGUGGAUUCACCGAGAAGAGAAAGGUCGUCUCGUUCUUCUUCUUCUUCAGGACGUGAUAGGGAUAAGGAUAAGGAUAAGGGAAGAGGUUCUCAGUCUUUGUAUAGUCGUCCUAGUUUGUUAGAUAUGAAUAAAGAUAAAGCUGCUAACCGUGCUAAGGUUUAUGAGUUCUUGCGUGGGAUUGGGAUUGUUCCUGAUGAGCUUGAUGGUCUUGAACUCCCUGUUACAGCUGAUGUGAUGAAAGAGCGUGUGGAGUUUCUUCACAAGUUGGGGCUUACUAUUGAAGAUAUCAACAAUUACCCUCUUGUUCUUGGUUGUAGCGUGAAGAAGAACAUGGUUCCGGUUCUUGAUUAUCUCGGGAAACUAGGUGUGAGGAAAUCGACUUUCACUGAGUUUCUUAGAAGAUACCCGCAGGUUCUUCACGCUAGUGUUGUUAUAGAUCUUGCACCUGUGGUUAAGUAUCUUCAAGGACUGGAUAUUAAACCGACUGAUGUACCUCGGGUGCUUGAGAGGUAUCCUGAAGUUUUAGGCUUUAAGCUGGAAGGGACUAUGAGCACAUCAGUCGCUUAUUUGGUUGGUAUAGGUGUAGCUAGGAGGGAGAUUGGCGGUGUUUUAACUCGGUACCCUGAGAUCUUGGGAAUGAGGGUAGCUCGGAUAAUUAAGCCUCUCGUGGAGUAUCUCGAGGGUCUUGGUAUUCCAAAACUAGCUGUAGCUAGGUUGAUUGAGAAGCGGCCUCACAUUCUUGGGUUUGAGUUAGCUGAUACGGUGAAACCAAACGUGCAAAUCUUGCAAGAUUUCAAUGUUAGGGAAACAUGUCUUCCUUCUAUAAUUGCACAGUAUCCUGAAAUCAUAGGAAUCGACCUGAAACCUAAGCUUGAGACGCAAAAGAAGCUACUUUGUUCAGCCAUUGAUCUAAACCCGGAGGAUAUCGGCUCUUUGAUCGAGAGAAUGCCGCAGUUUGUUAGUCUCAGCGAGUCUCCUAUGUUAAAGCACAUUGAUUUCCUUACCAAGUGUGGAUUUUCAAACGAUCAAACGAGGGAAAUGGUAGUCGGGUGUCCUCAGGUUCUGGCUUUGAACCUCGGAAUAAUGAAACUCAGCUAUGAAUACUUCAAAAAGGAAAUGAGAAGACCACUUCAAGAUCUGGUGGAUUUCCCAGCGUUCUUUACCUAUGGGCUUGAGUCCACUGUAAAGCCGAGGCACAAGAAGAUCAUCAAGAAGGGAAUCAAAUGUUCACUGGCUUGGAUGCUUAACUGUUCAGACGACAAGUUCGAACAGAGAAUGAGCUACGACACAAUAGACAUAGAAGAGGUGGAAUCUGAUCCAUCUUCUUCUUCUUUUGACAUGAGUACAUUGAUGCAACCUGAGAGAGAGGAACCUGAUUCUGAUUCCGAGUACGACGAAGAAGAAGAAGAUGAUGACGACGAGGAGUUUGCGUAAACUGGACUAAAGUAUAAAAGUUUUUGUGUCUUAUUGACCAGAUAUUAUAUCAUCUGUAUCCUUGUAUUGAUUGAUUCUUUUUUUAUCAUGUUUAGUUGAUGAUGAUAGAUAGCACAGAACAAAAUGGACCAGAAGCUUGUAAUGACGAAAAUACCCUCAGGGGCAAUUCAGUAAUAUCGAGUCUUUUCAACACCAACCCUUUUGUAAAAAAAAGGAAAAAAAAAACUCCUGAUCAAUUUUGGUGAGCUCCUUCAUCUUCUAGCCACGCACUUUGUUCUUCUUCUUCUCCUUCCUUCACAGUGCCCUCUCGCUCUCUGCAACACUCUUAUUUAUUUAUUAUUUAUAUUCAUCGAUCCUUCUCUCUCUCUCUCUUGAUCCUCUUCCGAUCGUCUUUUUUUCCCGCGGUUUCGCCUUCCACAGUUUCCGGAUCUUAGUGGUUGAGAAACAAGAAGAAAUGAAUGAGUGUGGUGUUGUCAAUGGUGGCAAAGUUGGGACGUCUUCAGUGUCGUCACCACCACAAGAUAAAGGAAGGAAGAACAAGAGAAAGUUAGCUGAUCCUUCUCCACAAACUGCUGGUUCCUUGACUGAGUUCCCUCGUUAUGACUUACAUUCACUCAAGUCUCAAAACCCUUUAUGCGAAAAUGACUCCAACGGGUAGCUGAAAGCGGAAGAGUCUGAGUCUUUAGGAUGGGAUGAUCCGUUUGCUUGUCAACUGGAACAGCUUUUAUCAUCAAAUUUGCUCAACCUCUUCCGUAGUGCAAUGAAUCAGAUUAUGGAUUGUGGGUAUAGUGAGGAUGUUGUUCUCAAAGCUAUUUCCAGCAGUAGGCUCUACUGUGGAGGAAAUGAUCUCGUGUCAAACAUUGUUAAUGAUACCUUGAGUUUUUUGAAGAGUGGGAAAAAAGUUGCUGGUUCGAGAGACUAUGUGUUUGAGGAUUUACAACAGCUUGUUGCGUAUACAUUGGUAGAGAAGAUUAGUCUUGUUAGGGAAGUUAGGCCAUCGCUUUCAACAGUUGAAGCUAUGUGGAGGCUGUUGAUGUGUGACUUGAAUGUUUUGCAAGCAUUUGAAGUGGAAGGAGAAGGAAUGGAGGGCUCUUCAGGUUGCAAUGCUAAUAAAACAUCGGAAACUCAAGGUGCCGAGGGUAUUCCUCCGAAACCCACUGACUCAGAUAACCCAAAGUCCCCAGUGUCCAAUACUCAGUGCAAUCACAGUGAUCCAGUCAAAUUUGGGAACUUCCCAAAUGUGAACAACUCCAAAAAUCCUCAUGCUAGUGGAGCAACACCUGGAAAAGAGGUAUUUUCUGUUACCAAUGCUUCUGCUGAAGGCACUAAAAGUGCAUCCCUGACUUCUGUUUCUGAUGAAAAAUUAGUAUCUUGUCGAAAAGGCCGCACCAAAAAAGAAUUGGCCAUGCUCCGGCAGAAAUCAUGUGUGGAGAAGAUUAGAACUUAUAGCAAAGGUGGCGGCUAUAAGACGGCAAAGUUUGGUGGUUUCCUUGUGGAGAAAA